AUGCCACUAGAUACACCGAUCUUCAACAUUGUUUCAGCAAUUUUCUUUGGAUUAUUCCUAAUAUGCCUAAUAUUUGGCUUUAUGAACAACUUGGACCUGGUAGUAUGGUGGUUUUCACCGUAUCCAUCGCAAUUUGUUGAGGCUUUUAUCCUUUGGUUACUAGUGUACUGCCUUUUCGUAAUUGUAUAUACUACUUUAAUGUUACCUAAGAUAUGGAACAAAUAA